UACGAAACAAAUGCCAUUAUCCUCAUCAUCGACACGUUCCCCAGUGGAUGAAUCAUCUACUUCGAUAUUGGCUGUAAAUGCAGAAAAUCUUGACAAGGCUUCACCGCUUUCAGGAGUUUCUGUUAAUUAAUUUGGGUUUUCUCGGAAUUCUCCGAGUUACAGUGUUUCCAGAAUAUUCCGAUUGCGCGACGGCUGUCGGUUUCUCCGGCGAGUAGGGGGCAGUUUUAGAAAAAAAAAAAAGAAUGAGUCACGGCCCGAGUCAUGACCCGCUUAAAUCGUCGAUGUUCUUCGUGUACCCGGAGAAGGUACGGGACAUAUUCGUGCUCGCCACUCGAAUCGCCGUCCUUGUCUGUUUGGUCAGUUCCAUCUCUUUCGUUCUCUUCAUAGCCUUUUACCCUCGGUCCCCCUACAUCCGGUUCAAAUCUGUCCCGUACCGGGACGCCGGUGGCGAUCCUCACCCCACUACCACAAACAUCUCCCAUGUCCUCUUCGGCAUCGGCGGCUCCGCCAAAACAUGGAACACUCGUCGGGUUUACAGUUCCCUCUGGUGGGAACCAAACACCACACGUGGCGUCGUCUGGCUCGAUGAAAAUCCCCGCAACAUCAACGACAGUAACAACGAAAUUUACGGUCCCGAGUAUCGCGUGUCAUCUCCGGAUUGGACCAGGUUCAAGUUCUCGAGCUCCAGAUCGGCGGUUCGAAUCGCCCGAAUUAUCCGGGACAGUUUUAACCAGAAGUUGCCGAACGUGAGGUGGUUCGUGAUGGGAGACGACGAUACGGUGUAUUUCACUGAGAACCUUGUUUCCGUGUUGGCGAAGUACGAUCACCGUGAGAUGUGGUACAUAGGGGGGAACUCGGAGAGCGUGGAGCAGGACGUGAUGCACGCGUACGGCAUGGCGUUUGGCGGCGGAGGGUUUGCCGUGAGUUACCCGUUGGCAGAGAAGUUGGUAAGCAUUUUGGACGGCUGCCUGGACAGGUACUACUAUUUCUACGGCUCUGAUCAAAGGAUAUGGGCUUGCAUCACCGAGAUCGGCGUGCCUCUCGUCCAACAUCCCGGCUUCCAUCAGUUUGACAUUAGGGGGGACCCAUACGGGAUUCUAGCAGCGCACCCAAUAGCGCCACUUGUCUCGUUCCACCACCUGGAUUACGUGGCCCCAAUUUUCCCCGACAAGACCCAAACAGACUCCGUGAAGGUACUCAUGGGAGCAUACCGGGCGGACCCGCCCCGGAUCCUGCAGCAGAGCUUCUGCUAUGAUAUCAACCGGAAAUGGUCGUUUCUCAUCGCUUGGGGCUACACCAUCCAGAUAUACCCAUUGCUGCUGACACCAUUCCACCUGCAGACGCCGCUGCAGACGUUCAAGACCUGGAGGAGUUGGAGCAAUGGACCCUUCACCUUCAACACCCGACCCCCGCCACCAGACCCAUGUCAACAACCGGCAUUAUAUUUCCUGGACCGGGUUGAUAAGGUAGGCGUGGCGGGUACCCAGACUAGCUACAAAAUGGCACAAGCAGAUAAGAAAUGUAACAGCACAAACCAUACCAAUGUAAUGGCAGUGAAGAGAAUUACAGUGUCCUCCCUGAAAAUGCCUCCAGAUUAUUGGCAAAAGGCACCACAAAGACAAUGCUGUGAGAUCUUGGAUCAUGGAAGAAUAAAGGAUAGCAGUUUACGAAUUCGGGUUAGGAAGUGCAGACAAUGGGAGAAUGUUGGUGUCUAGAGAUGGUCGGGCUGACUUGUAUAGAGUUGAGAAGAUCAUUCAUGGAGAUUAACAGAUAUUAAUUAAUAAUGUCUCGGUUUUUUCCAUGAAAAGGAGACAGAUCAUUAUUUCAAGUGCCUCUAUGUAGAAGGGUAAUCAAGGGUUAGUGGAUGU